GCGAUGUAAGUGAUAGCGAUUUAGAAAUACGCGUUGAGAGAAUUAGGCUGCUAUACAUGUUCGCACGAUAAGCCACUUCGUUGCGCUAUCAUUUAUGGACAGGUUACUUCUGAAAAAAAGAGCUGUGUAGCCCAGUGGGCCUUACCUGAUAAAAUAAAACAGUGACACAUCAGUGAGUGACAAACCAGGCCCCAUGGAAUGGCCAAACUGCACGACCUUGCUGGAUGCCGCGCGUGGACGUGGUCAGAGCGAGCGGACAGCACAACCAUUUGGAAUGGCGUUGCAUUCGGAGACUACGUUUUACAAUCCCAUGUUCUGGAAACACUGGGAUAUUGGAACGCAGAGGAUCUAUGAAUCAUUUUCUCUUCCUUGAUACUAAUACGUGAGGCGCCUCUGCCCUCUCGCUGCCAUCUAUGACACGCAGCUCGAUAGCGCAGCUCGAGUGGCGGUAGCGCAACUCGAGUGGCGGUAGCGCAGCUCGAGUGGCGGUAGCGCAACUCGAGUGGCGGUAGCGCAACUCGAGUGGCGGUAGCGCAACUCGAGUGGCGGUAGCGCAACUCGAGUGGCGGUAGCGCAACUCGAGUGGCCGCAGCGCGCUCGACGCGAGUUUAUUUUGUCUGCACCUCCAGGUCCGGUCGUGCCAUCUCAAUCGGAAAUCGGCUUACGUUGUGGAAAGAUAAAACAUGUUUUUUUAGCAAGUGUUGGCAGUGCAGUGUUUGUCGGUGUGUCCUUUCGGUUGACCAGUUUAAUGUAGCAACGAUGGACACACAAAAACAUUUAAAUUAACAGCCGCGUGUCGAUUCGAGAGGAAACUCAAUCGGUGCCAUUGAGGACCGCAGCCCCUUGUCGUGGGAGGGUUGGAGCUGGCAGCAGCUCCUGCCUCGUGAGGAUCUGCAGGAGGAGGCGGCAACAUGCGGGGCCGCAGCGUGCUGGAGCACUUGCUAGUGGCGCUCUUCGGCAUGGGCUCCUGGGUGGCCGUCAACGCCCUGUGGGUGGAGCUGCCCGUAAUGGUCAAGGUGCUCCCAGAAAGCUGGGACCUCGCCUCCUACCUCACCGUCAUGGUGGCCCUGGCCAACGUGGGCCCCAUCGCCGUGACCAUCACGCAGCGCUUCGCCCCGGGCCGGCUCAAUGAGCGCGUCCUCAUCCACGUCAUCCAGGUGUUGGCGGUGGUGGCAUGUGCCUGCCUCGCCGUCACAUGGUCCAUGACGGCGCCUGUGUCGGGCCGCACGCACAGCGUCCCUUACCUGGUGCUGGCAUUCGCGCUCUCGUUCGUGUGCUGCACCUCCAACGUCACCUUCCUCCCGCACAUGUACCGCUUCUCCACGGAGCACGUCAAGACCUUCUUCGUGGGUCAGGGCCUGAGCGCGCUACUGCCCUCUGCGGCUGCGUUGGCGCAGGGCGUGGGCGCCGCCGAGUGCGUGAACAUGACGGGGAACGCCUCGGCCCCGGCGUCACACGUUCGCUACCUGGAGGAGCGCUUUUCCGUGUCGGCCUUCUUCUCGGUCACGUGCACCCUGCUACUCGCCUCGGCCUGCGCCUUCGCUGCCCUCGUGCGGCUGCGGCCUGGGGCCCCCGCCGGUGAGGACCUGAACCCGGGGCAGAAUAAGAACGCAAUCCUGGACGAUCGCGAGGAGGAGUCGCAGCUCAAGAGCGACGUGUUAUACGUCGCGUCUCCCGACUCGCUCGCCUCCAACGGAGACGUGCUCGUCCUGCCCGACCACGACAGGGGCCAAGCGGUGCUCACCAAGCGGCAGGAGGAGGGGGAGAGCCUGUGCGUAAGCAGCGUGCUGUACCUACUGACGCUGCUGCUGCUGUCCAACGCGCUCUCCAAUGGCGUGCUGCCCUCCGUGCAGACGUACGCCUGCCUCCCGUACGGUGGCAGCGUGUUCCACCUGAGCGCCGUGCUCAGCAGCAUUGCCAACCCGCUCGCCUGCUUCCUCACCAUGGGCCUGCCCUGCCGGUCGAGCCCCGUGCUGGGCCUGCUGUUUUUGCUGGGCGUGCUGGUGGGCAGCUACAUCAUGACGCUGGCCGUGCUGAGCCCGUGCCCCCCGCUGCUGGGCAAGCCGAGCGGCAGCGUCCUAGUGGUGUUGGCGUGGGUGCUCUUCGUGGGCCUCUUCUCGUACCUCAAGGUGAUGAUCGGCACGGUGCUGCACCAGCGCGGCCACGCGGCACUUCUGUGGUGCGGCGCCGCCAUCCAGGCCGGCUCGGCGCUUGGCGCCCUUGCCGUGUUCCCCCUCGUCAACGUCUACCACCUCUUCACGCCCGGCGACCCCUGCUCCAGCUCCUGCCCCGCGUAGCCCCGCGAAGCCUCGGGUUGCCCCUCGCGACUCUGCGUGACCCCACGUGACCCUGUGCUGCCCGUGACACAGCCGCGAAGCUGUAGCGUGGGCGACCAGGCACGGCAGCGCCGGCCCGCCUCGCGGUGCUGCUGUUGUCUUGCCGCGAGGAUUUUGGUUCAGAACACGGCCGUGGGUUCUCAGUGCGCCCUGCACCUCAGGGUGCGGCUGUGUCGCUGUAAUUUUUUAUGUAGUUGCUGAGCACAGGCCCAAAAUGUUAAGCGGCCAGGAACAAACUGCCCUAUGGGAAUUGUGGUAGGCAAGAGUUGACAUUUCUAGAUUUAAAGCUUUCGUGACUGCAAGGAUCCAUACUCUUUGGUUCUAUUCGGUAAAGUCACGUAAAAAAAAAUUCACGACGUUUCGGC